UCCAUGUUCAAUCCAAUACUGUAACUGUAAUGUUUUAAAUAUAAAUAUGUAAAUAAACAAACUUAUUUGUGUUUUUAGCGGUAUAAUCUAGUUUGUUCCGGAAAUUUUAGUGUUAACUUUUGAAGUUAGUAUAUAAAUAUGGAGUCAGUUCAUAAAACUGAUAUUCGAUCUUGGAUAACAUCAAAAAUAAAUGUGAGAGAGUUUCGUGAUGAGUGGCAUAAAAACUUGAAUGUUGUUCCAGUCUCCACAAAGGAAGAAUUCAAAAUGACAGAUGAAGAAUAUACCAAAUUAGAAAAAGAAUGUGGAUUAGCUGCUAUGAAAUGUCCUGCUCAAGACUUCAUAGAACUCAGUAAGGAAUUCAAUAUACCAGAAGAUGUUGAUUUAGAAACUUUAAAAUUACAAAAAGAGGAAAUAGAAAAACGGCAGAAUGAUCCUAAAUAUGAGGCCAUAGUUUAUUCUCAUUCCAAGUUCUACAAUUACCCUAAUCCUUAUCAUGCAGGUAGUGAAACUUUUAAUCCUGAUGAUUUUGGCUAUGAAAAAGUUAAAGAGCCAGAUGUUCUUCUGUGGGUUCAGGUUUUUCGUCCAGAAAAAAGAAAUGCUUCAUAUUACAAGUACAAUUAUGCGAGGUUUCCAAAUUUUUCAAUUGACCAGGAGUUUAUUGUUCUUGGCUGUCAGUACUUAACAGAAUUACGAGACAAAAUUGAUUGUAUCUCUGACAGAGCAAUACCUGGUGAUUAUAGUGAUUAUCCUGAGCUUCCUCCUGAAACUACUUGUAAGGAUUUGUACAAAUCUGGCUUUUUUUACAUUGAUGGUACGUUUUACAAUGAUAUGAGGCAUCCAGAUUGUAGAGAUUAUAGUGAGCCUAUAAUUUCUUGGGCAGCAAGCUCAAAUCGUGGCAUAGGUCCUUUUCGUAAAGCUUCAAUGGAAAAAUGCAAAUUCAUUGAUUUGGAUAUCCAGUUAGGUUAUCCAUAUGUAUAUGUCCAUCAAGGAGAAUGUGAACACUUGAUUGUGUUCAGUGAUAUGCAAUAUUACACACAUUAUUAUUGCAAAAACAGGCUUGAGUAUCCACUUCAUAUUUCUUUGAAACCAAAACGAAGAGUGCUAUGCAUGAUCUGCCGUUUGCACACAGCUGAGUGGAUAGUUUUUGAUAACAAAAGACUACCUGAAAAUCCAUUUUACUUCUGUAAAAUUUGUUUCUUCAGUUUUAAUUAUGAUGAAAAUAAUCAGAAAAUAGGCAACUUCAGGGCAUAUCAUCACAUAGAUCGGAGUAACAUUCUAUAAGAUAUUUUCUAUUGUAAAAUAUUUUGAUAUUUUCUCUUUGUAAAUAUUACACCUAAAAAACAUAAAAAUUUGCUUCAUUUGCAUCAUAA